GUGAGAGAUAGGAUGGUCGCUGGGGAGGCGAGUAUGCGCAGCCCAAUCCUGGCCUGCUGGCAGCCGAUUCUCCUCCUGAUGCUGGGAUCCAUCCUGUCCGGCUCCGCCACGGGCUGCCCGCCACGCUGCGAGUGCUCUGCCCAGGAGCGCGCCGUCCUUUGCCACCGGAAGCGAUUCAUGGUCGUGCCGGAGGGGAUCCCGACCGAGACCAGGCUGCUGGACUUGGGCAAGAACCGCAUCAAGACGCUCAACCAGGAUGAAUUUGCCAACUACCCUCACCUGGAGGAGCUGGAGCUAAACGAGAACAUUAUCAGUGCCAUUGAACCUGGGGCUUUCAACAACCUCUUCAACCUCAGGACGCUGGGGCUCAGGAGUAACAGACUCAAGCUGAUCCCCUUGGGGGUGUUUACCGGACUCAGCAACCUUACCAAGCUAGACAUUAGUGAGAACAAAAUUGUGAUCCUCCUAGACUACAUGUUUCAGGACUUGUACAACCUGAAGUCUUUGGAGGUGGGGGAUAACGACCUUGUCUACAUCUCCCACCGGGCCUUCAGCGGCCUCAACAGCCUAGAGCAGCUGACCCUGGAGAAAUGCAACCUGACCUCCAUCCCCACGGAGGCCCUGUCUCACCUUCACGGCUUGAUCGUGCUGCGGCUGCGCCAUCUGAACAUCAACACCAUCCGGGAUUACUCAUUCAAGAGGCUGUACCGGCUCAAGGUCCUCGAGAUCUCACACUGGCCCUACCUGGAUACUAUGACGUCCAACUGCCUCUACGGGUUGAACCUGACCUCCCUGUCCAUCACCCACUGCAACCUGACGUCCAUCCCGUAUGUGUCGGUGAGGCACUUGGUUUACCUCCGGUUCCUGAACCUGUCCUACAACCCCAUUGUCACCAUCGAGGGCUCCAUGCUCCAUGACCUGCUCAGGCUGCAGGAGAUCCAGCUGGUGGGAGGGCAGCUCACCACAGUCGAGCCCUUCGCCUUCCGCGGCCUCAACUACCUGCGCAUCCUGAACGUGUCAGGGAAUUUGCUGACCACCCUGGAGGAGUCGGCCUUCCACUCGGUGGGCAACCUGGAGACGCUCAUCCUCGACAACAACCCCUUAGCCUGCGACUGUCGGCUGCUCUGGGUUUUCCGGCGGCGAUGGAGGUUGAACUUCAACAAGCAGCAGCCCACCUGCUCCACCCCUGAGUUCGUCCAGGGCAAGGAGUUCAAAGACUUCCCCGACGUCCUCCUGCCCAACUACUUCACCUGCCGCCGAGCACGGAUACGGGACCGCAAACCUCAGCAGAUCUUCGUGGACGAAGGCCACACGGUCCAUUUUGUCUGCCGGGCAGAUGGGGACCCGCCCCCCGCCAUCAUGUGGCUCUCUCCCCGGAAGCACCUCAUCUCUACCAAAACCAACGGGCGGCUCACUGUCUUCCCUGACGGCACGCUGGAGGUGCGCUACGCCCAGAUCCAGGACAAUGGCACCUACCUAUGCAUCGCCAGCAACGCGGGUGGCAAUGACACCAUGCUGGCCCACCUGCACGUGCGCAGCUACUCCCCAGACUGGCCCCACCAGCCCAACAAGACCUUCGCGUUCAUCUCCAACCAGCCCAACGAGAGCGAUGCCAACAGCACGCGCGCCACCGUGCCUUUCCCCUUUGACAUCAAGACUCUCAUCAUCGCCACCACCAUGGGCUUCAUUUCCUUCCUGGGCGUCGUCCUCUUCUGUCUGGUGCUCCUCUUCCUGUGGAGCCGGGGGAAAGGCAACACCAAGCACAACAUUGAAAUCGAGUACGUGCCGCGCAAGUCCGACGCGGGCAUCAGCUCUGCCGACGCGCCGCGCAAGUUCAACAUGAAAAUGAUUUAACCAGGCAACAAUUUGCGAAUAAUAAUGGUGGGUUUUUUUUAA